UGGAGGGCGGAGCCGGCUAUUUGAAGGGAGCGCGCUUACGGGAGAAGCUCUUCGGAAAGAAGAGUUGGGAAUCAGUGCGAGCUUUCUGUCCUGCCGACCCCCUUCUUCUCUGUAGCAAGUCACGGAAGAAGGCUCCACAGUACCUGCGGCUCCCAGGCGAGGUGAUGGCCAAGGUGUCGGUGCUGAAUGUGGCUGUGCUGGAGAACCCGAGCCCUUUCCACAGCCCCUUCCGGUUUGAGAUCAGCUUCGAAUGCAGUGAGGCCCUGUCUGACGACCUUGAGUGGAAGAUCAUUUAUGUGGGCUCAGCUGAGAGCGAGGAGUUUGAUCAGAUCCUAGACUCAGUGCUGGUGGGCCCUGUUCCUGCAGGAAGGCAUAUGUUCGUCUUUCAGGCUGAUGCCCCAAACCCAUCCCUUAUUCCUGAGACGGACGCCGUGGGUGUGACUGUGGUUCUCAUCACCUGCACCUACCAUGGACAAGAGUUCAUCCGUGUAGGCUAUUAUGUCAACAAUGAGUACCCAGACCCGGAGCUUCGGGAGAACCCACCCCCAAAGCCAGACUUCUCUCAGUUACAGCGGAACAUCUUGGCCUCUAACCCCCGGGUGACCCGAUUCCAUAUCAACUGGGACAACAAUCCUGACAGGCUGGAAACCAUAGAAAACCAGGACCCCAAUGUGGACUUUGGCCUUCCCCUCAGUUGCACUCCCGUCAAAAACCUGGGCCUCCCUAACUGCAUCCCAGGCCUCCUCCCUGAGAACUCCAUGGAUUGCAUCUGACAGGGGGCAGAUAGGGCUCAGUAGGACCAUGGCAGUCUCCUUGCACACCUGGAGGAGACCUACAAGCCCAGACAGUCAUGCUUGGUCAUUCUCAAGGACUUGGGGACCACCAGCUGUCUCCAGACCUGUCAGCCCCAAUCUCUUCCAUCCAGGUCCAGAAGAGUCAUGUCACUUCUGACCCACUGGCCCCUAAAAGCAGGUACUUAUGUUGCUCAUUCUUGGUGUCAUCUUUCCUUCUAUUCUGUGGGACGCUCUCAACACCACCUGCCUUGAGGCUUGCUUGGGUAGUGCCUGGCUAGCAUUGGCCAGAGGCUACUGCUCCUUCCAAUUCUAGUUCUUGGGGGCUCAGGCAAAGGAGGAGUUCUGGUUAGAAGGCCAACUCAAUACAAAGGCUGUCCUUUCAGAGUGUCUAGGACAUUCGGUCUAACUAGUACUAGAAAGCUCCCCAAAGGUGAGCUCCCAAGGCCAAUGAGGGGAUGGCAGGUACUUUUGGUCAUAGCCAUCUUCUCAUCUCCUGAGCCUGGCUUUCUGAGAGGACUGCACUGGGUAGGAGGUAUAUUAGAGGUCCUGCUUGGAGUCCAUGGGGUGGUCAGGGUUUGCUUUGACCACAUGUGCAUUCUCAUGAGAUACCCAAAUGCUUUAGGAUAAAGGAGGUAUUUGGCAGGCUGACCUGAAAAACUCCCAUUCCAUCCACCCCUACCCUAAGCCCUUCAUCCCCUUGCUGCUACAUGUAUGCUAUUGUGAUUGCAGUGUGUAUAUUACAAAGUUUUAUAUUAAAAGUUUUGGUUGGCUUAAGAAUAAAAGCACUUCAUC